GUCUGAGGAUUCCGUAUGAGGUGGCAUUUCCAACAUGGCUGAAUUCUGAUCUACAGGUGUAUACGUAAUUUGGAAAGAAAGACUCUACUUCCAAAGUGGAUUAACCAAUACUGCCAGCUCCAUUUUCCUUGGUCCAUUAACAGACAAACACGGCUGCCCAUCAGGAUUUCUCAACUGUAUUCACCAAGCAAUUGGACAAUCAGAGGAAAACGCUGUAAAGAAAACUGCAGAAUACUGAUUUUCCGCUCACAUAUGAUGUGAAGUAAGAGUCAAGUGUGGGCUGCUCUACCAGAUUGUAUGUAGUGAAGGAUCAUCGUGUGAAUUUAAGGUUGAAACCAUGUUUGCCAAAUUGAAGAAGAAGAUUGAGGAGGAGGAAGGGGUGCCGGAAGGAGACCUCAAGCGUAGCACCAGUCAAGCUGGUAGAACCACUGGGAGGAGAGAGAGUCUGAGGAGGGCAGGUGAAUCAACUUCAAGCCUCAACUCAUGGGGGAGUACGUCAAGCCUGACUGGGGCAUCCCCUGCUUCUGCUACUCCCAAACAGAAUGAUGUCAGCGCCAAAAAGGAGAAACUCCAAGCAGAAAUCACCAAGAAAGAUGAGACGAUACGAAAGCUGGAAUCGAAGCUGGACGAAUACUCGUUACUCUUGAAAGAAGCUGUCCGAGAUAAAGAGAAAUCACAACUCCUCUCGGACAAACAUCAAGAAGAGGCCGCUAGGAGAGUUCAGGAGAUAAAUGAGGAGUUCCAAGUAAGGAGAGCAAAGAUGGCCGAUAAGCUGAGCCUAGCGAUCCAAAAGAAGGAAAAUGAACUCCAUGAUAAAAUGGUGGCUCUAGAAAGUGAAAAUGCAGAUCUUCAACAGAAACUCAAGAAGGCAGAGAUGCAAACAUUUAUGAAAAGAGAAGAUAAUGAUGAACUACAAGGCUUCCAAAUCCAAGAACUUGCCAAAGUCAAGCAUAUGUUUGUUAACAGUCAAGAAGAGCUUCAUAAAUGCAAAGCAGAUCUAGACCACACCAGAGAGAAGCUUGAAGAGAAGACCAGGCAACUAUCCACCGCUGAGAUUGACCUGCAGAGUGCCCAGACCAGCCUAUCCAGCAUCACCAAAGAAAGAGAUGAUUUCUUAAAGGAGAAGACGGAGCAAUCCAAUCUGAUCCGUAAGCUGGGCAAGGAGAAGGCAGCCUUGGAGGAGGCUAUGAAUAAUAUCUCCAAAGAAAGUCAAGAGACAUCGGCCCAGGUUGUUGUGCUGCAAGAGAAAUUAGACCACCAGGAUGACGCCUACAACCUGCUCAAACACAACAGUGAAAUUCUUAGAAAUCAGUCCAAGAAGGGCAGCGCUGAUCAGGAGUCUGAGCUAGGUCAUCUGAGAGAGAAAGUAGUGACCCUAGAACAGAGAUUACUGGACAACGAUCUGUCCCAAGAUGACCAUGUCAAAGCCAUCCAGUCAGAGAGAGACAACCUUGAACAGAAGCUGGAAGAAACCAGAAAAGAACUAACUGCUGACAAAACAGAAUCAAGUGAAAAAAUUACCAGUCUUGAAAAGCAGAUUGAGCACCUCAACACAAAGAUCUCAGACGACACGGAGGAGCACAGGAGCAGCUUGAGCAGAGCGGAGUCAGCCCAGAGUCAACUCAGAAGUGAAAUCUCUGACUUGAAGAGCAUGUUAGAGGCUGCUCAGAAGGAAACAAGCUCACUUCAACGAGAAGCAAUGGUGAAAGAAGCCCAGCUUAAAGCACAGAAAGAAGUAAAUGAAUCUGAAUUAACGAUGGCCCAUCAGCAGCUGACUCAAGUCAAGAGACAAUUCAUGGAAUCCAAGAAACAACUCCAGGACAAGGUCGCAGCCUUGGAGGCUAAGGUCAUCGCCGUGGAAACAGCUCGAGAUUUUGACAAAAGUGCCUCAGAACACAAACAGGCCAGAUUAGAUUCUGUAAAUGAGGACUUUCUGGAGAAAGAGAUUGAGCAUGAAAAGCAGGUGUCAUGCCUAGAAGAAGAACUUGAUAGAUUAAAAAAAUCCAUUUCUUCGGCUGACUCUAAGAUGAAUCAACUACAGACUGAGUUAGAGGGCGCUAAUGCAAGGGCUACGGAGGCACAGACACAGAGUCAAGACACAGAGAGUUUAAUAUCAAGGCAAAAGGAACAACUGUCGAUACUUCAUGCAACCGUCAAAGAAAAAGAGCAACACAUCAAGAAACAUGAAUCAGAGCAUCAGUCUUUGCAGCAGACCAAUGAAAGUCUGAGUCAAAGACUCGAGGAGCUGGAGAGAUCCCACAAGGUUUCUCACGACGAGGCGCAGAAACUCAUCUUUGAGAAAACAGAAACCAUCAGUGUCUUACAACAAUCGCUCAGUGAGAACGGGGAAGAGCUGGCUCUUAUUACACAAAAGCUUCAAGAACUUGAGGCUAAACUGACGCAGGUGGAAGCCGAAGCUCAGGCUAGGAUAGAACAGACUGAGAUGAACGGUCAUAUGGAGCUGCAGAACCAAGAGAGAUUGAGGCAGACGGUGGAGAGUUUGGAGCAGCAGCUGAUCGAUAAGAACAAGACAAUUAAGAUGCAGCAACAGAGAUUGUCGGACCUCAAAAAAACGCUGCAGAGAGAACUGAAAGUGCAAACAAUCGCCGGCUACGAGUCCCCAGAGGAAGCCCUCCGUAACAACGACACCCAACUGGACAAGAACAAGCUCUCCAUUCCUGAUAACAACUUCCACGGCAGCAACAGCAGCCUCACGCAAUCUACAGUAUUCACUGACCAAGAUGGAAGCCUGGCAAGGUCCGACUUAAGAGAGAUCAACUUCCAGUACCUCAGGCACGUCGUCUUCACAUUCAUGAGCUCCACUGAUUAUGAGGCCAAGCAAUUGUUGAAAGCUGUUUCUACAGUCUUGGAGCUUACACCGAAGGAAGAAGGCAUGAUAAGAAAAACAUUAGAUUGGAAGACUUCAUGGUUUGGGCCGAAACCAGCCAUGAAGAAACUGGUCCAGGUCGGUUCACCAGGGUCAGGGAUGCGAUGAUGAUGACGAACCUAGACCAGGACCAGGGCCGCAACGUGGCCUCCAUCCACUUCUUGCCUUAGAAUAUUCACCAAGGUGCAGUUCAGUGUAGUCUAGAUGAUGUAGACCUGGUCCAGCUGACCGAUCAGGGACCUGUUUCACAAAGCCUUUUUUCAAUGACAAAUGAAGAAGAAAAAAAGUGACGAAUCUGUUGAUAACCAAUCAGAAACAAGGAUUUCAGUAGCUUAUAACAAAAACUGUCAUUUGUCACUGAUGACAAGUUUUGUGAAACGCCCCCCUGAUCUGAAGGAUGUUAUGAUGGAUGGAUCUCUGUAGAGAUCAACUCUCGCUCUUUAAAGGGCGUUUCAUCCUAUUAGUGCAAAAUGAAUGAACAAGCAACAAUACUAGCUCUCCAGUCGCACCAUCAAUUUGCAUUUGUUGCAGUUUGCCUUCAAGUAAGCAAGCUGAUAAGGAACAUAGUCGGGAGUGCGACUCAGCUUACAGCAGUAUGCAGUUCUGGGACCUGUUUCACAAAACCUUUUUCCAAUGACAAAUCUGCUGAUAAACAAUCAGAAGCAAGGAUUUCAGUAGCUUAUAACAAAAACCGUCAUUUGUCCCUGAUGACAAGUUUUGUGAAACGCCCCCCAGAUGUAGACUUGGUCCAUCUCGUACAGAGAUUGAUGAUAGGGACCCUGUUCUUGAGCGACAUCGUAGGUAGUGCAGUUGAACAGUUCUGCAAAUGUGCUUUCAAUAAGAUAUACUCCAGAGGUAACCUGUUGCCUAGCUUGUGCUUCACCAUUAGUUUGUUAACCUCAAUCAAGGAACUUGGG